CGCUCCGCACUCCAUGCCGCUCUCGCAUUCAAGCCGACAUUUUCAGCCAGUCGUCAUUCAGGUCGCCGCUAAUGCGCUUCGUUCGACCUUCUACUCGGCCAUACCACCGUGUUAACUUCCAUUAAACAGUGCGCAAUCUUAUCCAACAUCGCCAUUGGGCGAUAACUUAUCAGUGCUAUGACGCGACGGUACAUUUUAAACUUUUCACAAGAUAAGCGAAUGUAGUGAUUAUAUUUUACUGUGAACGGGUGUAAGUAGAAUGUGCACGAACUGACGUUCUUGCCAAGGAAAACCGUGAUACCGUUACAAAGUACUCGAUUGCAAUGUCGUUAUUCAAGAAGAAGGCGCCUAAGUAUGCGCCCCCGCCGCUGCCUCCUACUCCGGUCGAGGAGUCUCCUCCACAGCAAAAUGGAGUGGACAAUAACAAUGGAUCUCAGAAAUCCCAGCUAGUGUUUCACUGCCAGCAGGCACACGGCAGUCCCCUGGGUCUCAUCUCCGGAUUUUCCAAUGUAAAGGAGCUCUACCAAAAGAUAGCAGAGUGUUAUGACUUUCCCCCUGAGGAUAUUUUAUUCUGCACGCUGAACACCCACAAAGUAGAUAUGAAAAAACUUCUUGGUGGACAAAUAGGAUUAGAAGAUUUUAUAUUCGCACAUAGAAAAGGACGGCCGAAAGAAAUAGAAAUAGUUAAAACAGAAGAUGCCUUGGGUUUGACGAUUACGGAUAACGGCGCCGGAUAUGCAUUUAUUAAAAGAAUAAGGGAAGGUUCAAUAGCAUCGAGGAUAUCUCAUAUAGAGAUUGGUGAUCAUAUUGAGAAGCUGGAUGGAGAGAAUAUGGUCGGAAAAAGACACUAUGAAGUUGCCAAGAUGUUAAAAGAAAUUCCACUAGGGACAACAUUUAUAAUGCGGCUUGUAGAACCUUUAAAAAGUGGGUUUGGUAGCAUCGGCCCUAAAUCGGGUAGCGCAAGGUCGGGCAAAAAACAAAGCUAUGGAUCUGGGAAAGAGACUCUCAGAUUUAAAGCAAACGGUCAGGCUACUAUAGAAAAUGACCACGAUGAGAGAUCUAAAGCAGGUAUAGAAAAAAUAAACCAACUAUUGGAGAAUUUCAUGGGCAUUAAUGAUACAGACUUGGCGACACAGAUGUGGGACCUAGCUGAUGGCAAGUCUAACUCCAUGGAGCUCGCAGACGCCAUAGAUAAUAGCGACCUUCAGGAAUUCGGCUUUACCGACGAGUUCAUUAUUGAACUUUGGGGCGUUAUCACUGACGCACGCUCUGGAAGACUCAGCUAGAAUUCAUAUUUGUGGCAAUCGACCUUGUAAUAUUGACAAAGGAAUCAUUCUUAGGUAUUUUGUACAAAUAGAUGUGAUAGAAAACUUAUAUAGGUACUGCACAAGAAUAGUCUAAUAUUACAAAGAACUGUAGUAUAUAUUUUAAUAGGUAUAUAGUCAUAUUCCAUAAUAUUUGGAAUUACGGUACUAGAUAUUUUUAUAUGUAUGUAUAUUGUUAUUAAUCGAUUGUGUGAAAUUAAAACAUCGACGCGUUGUCCUUUCUUCGUGGUGCAAAAAUAAUUUGAGGUGUAAUAAUAGGUAUAAUAUUUUAUUUUAUAUUUUAAGUAAGUAAUAGAGAAAUGUGCAUACUAUUAACUAUUUACAAAAUAGUAACUCGACAGAGUUAAUGCAACACUCAGUUCAUUGUUUAUACUGACCACACAUUUUUUGUGUGAAUAACAUUGUAAUUUUUUGACUUGGCAGAACUUUUCACUCCCAAGUAGGUUUAUGGAGGACUGCCUAAGGAUGAAUAUGGAGGAUGGGCCAUUAUGAUCCGCUAGGUCCAUCUCACUUUUCUUGUUUCUAAUUCGUAAACAUUAACAUCUAUUCUAUAAAUCUGUAACACCAAUGUGUCUUAUAAAAAUAUUCUGAUACAUUAGGAGCUAUUUUGUGAACAAUAAUAUCUUGUUUUGCGCAACAUAAGGCAAAAUUCUGGUCAUAUGCUGCCACUAUAAUGGAAGUGGUUGGUAAAGGUAUCUAACCUACACGGGGGAUACGUUAACACGUAACUAGGUACCUCUCACUCGUACUUCUCUACUCCAUAUAAAUAAUCACUGCCGCGAGCUGCAGUUGUCAGUUUAUACAUGUAUAUAUAUUAUAAAAAAUGUAGGUACCUAUAGGUAGGUCCCUACCUAUUAUCUUAAAAAUAUAAAAGAAAAUAUGAAUAAGUAUAGAUGUAGACAUCUACUUACAUAAGUACAUAUGCCAAAUUUAGUAUAGAAAUGCUAAAUUGAGGCGAAUCGAGUAAGUUCGCUUACUUAAACUUGUAUGCCAUUAAUUUUUUCACCUUCAUUUUCGCUCUACUUUACGCCCAAAAAGUGGAACCCAUACGAGAAUCAUAAUAGAACACGGAUUUUAAACGAAUAUUUUUUUUGUUGCAAUACCAAGCGGAGUGAAUUGAUACUCAUUGGUUGAUAAAUAUCAGUCUUGCCAACUAAGAGAACACAGCGCCCUCAUUUAAUUUUCUGGUCUUCUUGGACACACAAUAUUCACAACUGGACUAAACAUACUUAUGUUUAGUUGUUACGAUACUUAUCGUACCUAUGUUUACAUUAUCAAAUACGUACGUGUUCUAUUCUAACCAUGAGUUUUUAAUUUUUUGUUAUAUAAGGACUUUUAUUAAAUAAUAAUGUUUAAAAACAAAGUUAUGGGCAUAAUCUAUAAUAAAUUCUGAGUGCAAUCGGCAAACUGCAUGUUGUAUUAGAAUGUCUAAUGUAAAUAUGCAAAUCUAUAUAUUUUUUGUAUAAUGUUUAAUUACUGCAGUCAUUAGUGAUAUAGCAACACAUAAUACAAACAAUAAUAUAUUACCUUGUAAAAAUACAAAUUGUUUAUUAUGUUGACUAAGUUAUUUAGAAUUUAAUUUAAUUCCUAAUUAAACAAAUUUCAAUGAA